GUGAUGACAUCAUAGUGCGCCUCUGUAGCUCAGCCACCGCCAUGAACAGCGUAGGAGAGGCUUGCACGGAUAUGAAGCGCGAGUACGAUCAGUGCUUCAAUCGCUGGUUUGCCGAGAAGUUUCUCAAGGGGGACGGUUCCGGGGACCCGUGCACUGAUCUCUUCAAGCGCUACCAGCAGUGUGUUCAGAAAGCAAUAAAGGAGAAAGAGAUUCCUAUUGAAGGACUGGAGUUCAUGGGCCAUGGCAAAGAAAAGCCUGAAAAUUCUUCUUGACCUUGAAAAUGGAUUUCUCAUCAGGAAAUUGAGGACUCUGGAUUUUGUCAACUAAGACCCUGAAAACAGCCAUGGGAUUGAUGAGUUUAGGAGGGAGGAGUUUUAUUUCUUCCUUCUUGAAGUUUUCCUCACUUGUAAAUGAUGAACUAUCAUUGCUUUAGAUGAUUUCUCACUUGUUCUGGCAUCUUGCAGGAAUUCAGUGUGCUAAAAUUGAACGAUUUCUCUCGAGAUGAUGAUUGCAAUACAGAGUCUGGAAUUAGCUUUAAAUAUAUCUUGUAUGUAAAUAAUGAUAAGCUAAUCAAGAUGGUCAGGGUUGCCUGAAGUCUUGAUUUUGCUGCAAAAAGACAUUACACUGUACUGGGGUCAUUGUGAAAGCGUUUGGGUAGGACCUCUUUUUCUCUCUCAGGGAGUAAAUACUCUAAAAAGGGAUCUGGGCACAACACUUUCAAUCAAUGCUUGGGAGCACAGUUUUAUUUUUAUAUGGUAACUAACAGUUUGCGGGUGACCUGGGUUAGACAAAGAGAAAGACAGCUUUUAACACUUUCUGUCUCCAGGUGUCUAAUUAAGACAUGAAAGCUUCAAGAAUGUUGACGUAAACACCAUUUCAGAGCUCACGGUGUAGUUGAGGAAUCAGAGUAUUUGCAGUGCCUAUGGAAGAACCACCUAUUAGAGAUUUGGUGUUGCCAGCUUUCAACCUAAGUUAAUGAAUUAAGUCAACCUGCCUGUCGUAAAGCCAAAAUGCUGCAUCUGGUUAAAUGGAGGGGAAAGGUGCUUGCUUUACUUGCCUUGUUUGCCCACCCUAUAAGGUCUAUAAUCAUGAAGAUGGAAUAAACGCUUUUAGUUUUCAAUCAUUA